AUGGCAGCAAUCAAACCCUUCUCCAUCACAACAUUAUUGCUUAUGAUAUUCAUCACCAUGACCAUGAUUUCCCAAACAAGUUCGGAAAAAAGCAACCAAUCAAACCAAGUGUUCUACUUGCACGACGUUACGAACGGGCCUAACGCAACGGUUGCCCAAAUAGUCGGCAUCACCGGAAAAGUUUGGUCAUACAACACAUUUGGUACCUUUAUAAUGGUGGACGAUCCAAUAACCCUAACACCAAAUCAAUACGCAGUUCAAGUUGGAAGAGCUCAAGGAACUAUUUCAGUGGCAUCAAUGGACGGUUCAACUGUGAUUAUUGUUCUUUCAUUUGUGUUCAACAAUGUGCAAUAUAAUGGCAGUACUUUGGAGCUUCAAGGCGCGAGUCGUCAGCGCGAGAAUUACAGAGAGAUUUCAGUGGUUUCCGGCACCGGAAGGUUCCGAUUUGCGAAGGGAUAUGCUGUGUUUGAAACUGUUUCCUAUGAUCCUACAACUACUCGCUCUCUUAUUCGUGUUAAUGUCACCAUAAAUUAG